CAUCAUUAUUUCGCACAGUUCUGCCUCGCACAGCCUGCAGAUGGAGCAGAUCGUAGCGUCGAGCUCUCCAAGGCCGUUCAGGUCCUCCGCCCGAGCCGUCAGCUCCGUGCCGCACGCGCCCUCUGGCGCUGCCCGCACGGCGGCCCCGUCCCUGUUCGCGCCCGACGCCGAGAAGCAAGCCAAGACCGUCGUUGCCGCCCCGCAGGCGCCUGUGUUAGAAUCGCCGCCGGAGCAUAACUUCGUCGGGCAGCGCUCGACGGCCACGGCGCUCGACGCGCUGCAGAUUGCCGGCAGCCACGCGCCGCUGAGGACUGUCGACCCGGCUGUGGAGAUCGCCGGCAACUUCGCUGCACUGAUGGGGAAGACUGCUCCUGCGCAGGCGCUCCCGGUGCCCGUGCAUGCCCCGCCGACCAUCAACGGCAUGCAUCCUCGCAUCGGCGCCAGCCCGCACUUUGACGCCGUCGUCCCCCACCAUCUGCUCCACAGCGACGCCAUGGUGCACGCUUCGCUGAUACGCAACGGCAUUUCCGGGAUGGAGCCCGCGCGGAGCCUGCCAAUGUUCCGUGUGGCCAUAGUUGAACUGCAUGGUCACUACGGAAUCGCGCGACGUGCUCUAUUCUACGCGAGCAAGGCGUGCUACCCCGUUUUGGUCAUGGCAAGCUUAAGUGCUGCUGGAAUUCUUCUGUUUACGUCGGUAACCUCGGAGGAUCAUGCUUGGCACAAUAUCGCGUACGAAACGAUCAGAAUUUCUUUUUCGUCUCUUGAAGCAUGUCUGCUCGUACACACUAAGAUGAACGAUGAUGGAGGCAACCAAGAGUUGAUUCGCGAUCUGCUCAUGAAGUUGGUGGACACGCUUAUAAACAACAAAAGGUUUUGGGAUUCGGUAAGGCAAACAGCACACAGCCCCUUGGAUGCACCGAAGAUUCUCCAUUUGGUCGGCAAUGGGCUGCCUGCGUUUUCCGGAGCUUGUCAAGUCAUGUCCAUGGCUUACGAGGCCGGCCUUAAAUUCAUACCUGAGGUUGCCGAGCGGUUCAGGGAGGCUCGCCGAGUUUCCUCGGCGGAAGAAGAGCAGGCCACCAGAGCGGUGGAGAGUGGUCUGUCCGUCACAAUCAGAGCUUUCAGUGUUCGCUGGGUCACUUUUACAAUGUCUAAGAAGGCCGAAUGGUUCAGGAAGAUCCGUCGAGUUCCCGCUGGAGAAGACCAGGCUGUCGCGGCUGCCAUGGAGAUGCAGGGCUACGGAGGCAUUGAGACUCGGAAGCAGGAGGCAGAAGAAGACGUCUAGGUGUGUGGAUGGCCACCGAAGACCCCAUUCAGAAUAUUACGUUAUGUAUACACUACCAGAAUAACUGCCACCCCCGACGGUCUUUUCUAUGCCGACGGACUCCAUCGGCAUAGAUGGCGGUAUGCCGACGAUGGGAAAGGGCCGUAGGCGUACAGAAACCGUCGGCAUACCUCCAUCUGUACCGACUGGGCCGUCAGCCGUUGGCAUAUCUUUGCCUAUGCCGAUGGGGCCAUCGGCAUAUAUCCGCUGUAAACAUAGGUGGGCCCGUCGGCACAUAUAUAUGUGUAUUCUUUCAUCCUUUUUCAAAAUAAAAUAGAACUAGCAAAAUACCCCGUGCGUUGCAACGGGAGAAAAAAAACUACUUUAAUGAUGAUGACCACAUUAUGUUC